AUGACAGAAAGUCGGUCCAGUGAACUUUUACAAUUGGUUCAUAGUGAUGUCUGCGGACCCUUUGGAAAAAAAUCACUAGGUGGUUCCCGUUAUUUCCUAACAUUUAUUGAUGACAAAUCUAGGCGAAUUUUUGUGUACUUCCUCAAGGGCAAAGAUGAGGUCUUUGGCAAGUUUUUGGAGUUCAAGAGUCUAGUGGAAAGGCAGAAAGGGAAGAAGCUAAAAUGUAUCCGCAGUGACAAUGGACGAGAAUAUGUGAACAAAGCAUUCGAUGACUACCUGAAGAAAAACGGGAUAUUACGCCAGCUGACCAUAGCGUACACUCCACAACAGAACGGCGUUGCGGAACGAGCUAAUCGCACUCUGGUGGAAAUGUCUAGGUUUGCGCUAUCCAAGGGUCAUCAGGAAAGUAAAUUCCGACCAAAAGGAAAGGAAUAUCGCAUGGUGGGAUAUUCAAGUGAAGCAAAAGGCUACCGAUUAUAUGAUGGAGAAACUCGCAAAGUGGUUGAACAAAGAGAUGUUCUCUUUGAUGAAAGAGAUCCCUUAGAACAAACUAAUUGUACGACGGUUAUGUUUGAUUUGCCUGGACGCUAUAGGCAAAAUGAGAUAGCAGAUGCAAAUCCAGAAAUAAAUGAAAGCGAGAGCGACAUAUCAGAGGGACAGUCUGCUGAAUCUGAUGCUGACGAGGAAUUGUUUCAUAGUGCACCUGAAGAAAAGGUUGCACAAGAUGAGAGCGAAAUACGGGUAGGACCUGGUUCGAUUGGGGCUGGUGAGGUGCCAAUUCCAUCGACCUACGAGGAUGCCAUAAGUGGACCAUAUAGAUCGCAGUGGCAAGAGGCAAUGGACAAAGAGUUUGGAGCUCUGGGAGACAUAGAACGUUUUAAGGCGCGAUUGGUUGCGAAAGGAUGCUCGCAGCAGUUCGGUGUAAACUACACCGAUACAUAUGCACCUGUAUGUCGAUUAGAAAGCGUAAGGUUUGUUUUGGCGGUGGCAUCAGAGUUGGAUCUUUAUUUACAUCAAAUGGACGUAUGCACAGCAUACCUCAAUAGCGAUCUGGAGGGCACGGUGUAUAUGAGGCAACCCAUGGGGUACACAGACAAAAAUCGUCCAAAGGCCGUAUUACAUUUGAAGAAGGCAAUCUACGACCUGCGGCUACUCCUCUUGACGCAUCAAGUGGCAUGCGACAAUGAGCAGUGCAAGAGGGUUGACAUAGGGUCGUACCAGACUCAAAUUGGCGAACUGAUGUGGCUGGCUCUAACCACCAGACCGGAUAUAUUGCAUUCAGUUGCAAAGUUGGCUCAGCGAAGUCAAGAUCCGCAUUCAGAGCAUGAAGCAGGUGUGAAGCACAUCCUGCGGUAUUUGGCCUCAACGAUGAAUAAGAAGCUACCCUAUAAAAGGACCGGCCAACCUUUUUCUGGAUAUGUAGAUGCCGAUUGGGGUGGUGACAAAACUGACCGGAAGUCCUAUACCGGAUAUAUUUUCUUUUUGGCCGGAGGUCCAAUAUCUUGGAAAUCUGAGAAACAGCGCAGUGUGGCGUAA